AUGCAAGUUUUUGUUAAGACGCUCACGGGUAAGACUAUCACCCUCGAAGUCGAGUCCCAGGACACCAUCGACAAUGUCAAGACCAAGAUCCAAGAUAAAGAGGGUAUCCCACCUGACCAGCAACGUCUGAUCUUUGCUGGUAAGCAGCUUGAAGAUGGUCGUACGCUCGCCGACUACAACAUCCAAAAGGAGUCAACCCUCCACCUCGUCUUGCGUUUACGUGGUGGUGGUAAGAAGCGUAAGAAGAAGGUGUACACCACUCCAAAGAAGAUCAAGCACAAGCCUCGUAAGGUCAAGAUGUCGAUCCUUAAGUACUACAAGGUCGAGUCUGAUGGCAAGGUUAAGCGCUUGAGAAGAGAGUGCCCUGCGCCUGAGUGCGGUGCUGGUAUCUUCAUGGCUUGGCACCACGACCGCCAGUACUGUGGAAAGUGUGGUCUCACUUACACUUUCGAGCCUGGCACCAAGCCACCAGCAUAG